AUGACUAUCGAGCUCGGCUCAGUAGUCGCAGUCGGCUCGGACGAGACCCCUAUAUCCGAGGGCCUUGACGCCAAAAAGAACGAGGUGACAAUCACUGCCAACCCCGAUUCUGCGCAGGAUGAGGGUGAUGUUGCUUCAGCCCAUAGCAGCCUCCGGCCGCCGCCCCUAACCUGGAAAUUGGCAGCUAUCCUCCUUGUCACCUUCAUUGGCUUUGGAUCCCAAUGGAGUGGAGGUAUUACGGGUGCAAUGAAGACGACGAUGAAGAAGGAGAUGAAAAUUGACAACACACAAUUUGCCCUGCUGGAAGCGAGCGAGGAUUUCAUGGUCACGGCUCUCAUGUUGGUUAGCGGAAUCGUGACCGAUCGUAUUGGUGGUGCAGGUGCCAUGCUGUAUGGGAAUGCAAUCUUCUCUAUCGGAGCCAUCCUUGUCGCGGGAGCUGCACAAACUCGCUCAUACAAGUUCAUGGUCGCUGGGCGUGUUAUUCAAGCCCUCGGAGAUAUCGCGACUCAAGUCGCCCAGUACAAGGUAUUCUCCUCGUGGUUCGCUCCAGGGAAUGGCUUCGCUUCGACAUUGGGCUUUGAGCUAGGAAUUGGCAAGAUUGGCGCGUUUGCCGGAAAGUCGUCUGCUAACAUUAUUGCUGCUCGAACCGGAAACUUUGCCUGGGUCUUCUGGAUUGCCGUCUUUAUGAAUCUUUUCACAAAUGUUAUGACAAUUGUGUUCUACUGGUUCACAAAAGUUGCUAACUCGAAGUUCCACGGAGUACGUGAUCCGGCAACUGGCCAGAUCCUGAAAGAGAAAUCCAAGAAAUUCGAAUUUAGGAAGGUUCUCGAGUUACCAUGGUCAUUUUGGGCCAUACAAGCGUUUUCGCUCUUCGAAACUAGUACAGCUAUCGUGUUCCUCCAGAAUGUUACUGAACUUGCUGAGCAGAGGUUCGGUGUUAGUUCCAUCACUGCAGGGUGGUAUACGGCAACCUCGCAGUAUGCAGGAUUUUUCAUUGUACCACUACUUGGUGUCUUUCUCGACAUGUUUGGCAACCGCAUUUCCAUCCUCGUAUUCUGCGGAGUUGGCAUGUUUACAUCAAUGCUUCUGCUGUGCUUCGGCGGCAACGUGACCGGUGCCGCUGCAUCCUUGGGUGUCUUUGCUUUUGCGUACUGCUUUGGUCCCACAACCAUUAUUGACAGCAUCCGCACAUCCCUCUGGGACCCCUCUGCAUUUGGCUCUGCCUAUGCACUUAAGAUCACCAUGAAUAAUGCGAUGAAUAUUAUCGUACGAGUUAUUACCGGUGUUAUCCAGGACCGUGAUCAUAACUCAUACGACAACGUGGUUAUCGUAUACGCUGUCCUAGCAGGUGUGUCAGUGUUUGUGUCACUUGUGCUCGCCACCAUAGCUUGGAGAACGGUGGACCUGAGACAUCUACAAUGGACACGCAAGCAGCGCAUGGCUAGAUUUGACAUCCUCCAGGAGCGAAGAAGGCGGUUCUUCGAAGAGGACCGCCAGAGAAAUAAGGCUAUCUCUAUGACAGCAUUUGGAGCUUGCAUGUUACUUAUCCUGGGUAGUUGGUGUGGAUACUUCUGGGGAGUUGCUACGGGAAACAAUUCAUAA